AUGAGAAAAUAUCAACAGUUGCUGUUGGUGCUCGUGUCUUUUUUCAGUGUCUUUUCGCUGUUGUUGUACAGGUAUGAAUACAUGCAACUUUUGAACGUCUUAGAAGUGCUCAACUUUUUUGGUUACACAGCCGACAACAUGACAAACUGUGUUCUGCUGGAUGACAAGUUCUAUGUGGAUCUGGAAAACGACAAUUUGUUAGCGAAACCACCUGUUUCAUGGGUCAAACGCGAUCAGUACUAUGCAUACUCUGCCUUCUGGUCUGCCCAACAACAGUCUGUUCAUUUGCUGAUUUUGGGCCCAAGAUCAGCUUUCUCUGGUUACGAAUGCCGUGUGUGGUUUAAAAUGGCAGAUCAGUUUGUUUCCAAACCGGCAAAACUUUCUUAUAGCAUUAGAACUAAUAAUCAUGAUCCAAAUUUUCAUCAAUAUGAGGUUCAUUGCAAGCCUGAUGACUUUCCUGUCAAUACUGAACCAUAUGGAGUUUUGCUGGGACGAACAAAUUUGUUAAAACUGUUCAUACCGAUCGAAGUUCAGAAAGAAUCUCCCAUCAAAGAUGAUCUGAUUAUGUGUAUUUCACCAGAUUAUUCUGGCAUUCCUGAUACACAUCUUGUAGAAUUUAUUGCAUUUCACACAUUGUUAGGUGUUCGUCAUUUUGUAGCAUACGAUAUUGGCAUUCACUACAAAGUUCUUCAAUUUUUACGUUCAAUUGCUGGCCACAGAGACUUAUACAAAACAUUUUCUACACUCUCUUGGCAGUUCCCUACGACAGAUCUACAAUUAGAAAGAUCAAUUUUACAAAAAGAUUGUAUGCAAAGAACUCAGGGUCUUGCUAAACAUAGUAUUUUAUUAUCAUGGGAUCAGUACUUAGCGUUAAACAAGGAUGAACUUAAUUCUUUAAAGAAUGACAUUAACUAUACAUUUCAAAUAAAGAAAUGUUGUAAUAAUCGGCAGCUAAAAAAAUCCUGGCCCAUGGCUAUGAAGAAAACAAUAUGUGAAAAGACUAACGAGACAAUAAAUACUAUCAUUGAUGAUCAAACAAUGAAUUACCAACCGCCUACAAAAAUGGGAUCAAUACAUAGGUUGGAAGAAAUAUGUGAAAAAAUCAGUGGUAAAGAUGACAAAAGUAUGGCUAAGUAUUUAAUAAAUUUUGUAAAUAGUAAACUGUUGAGAUUAUGGAAAUCUCAAUUAAAAUAUUCCAUUACUCAUUCAACCAAUAACAAUAUGAUUAAUCUGUAUAAAAAUUAUUCUUGA